AUGAAAUAUAUUCGUUCUAGAACUUUUCGUGUUUUGUCAAAUGUAACAUGGAAUGCAAUUAUAUUUACAAGAAAUAAUAAGGUUACCGAAUUAAGAAAUAUUUUUAGAUAUAAAAGGGAUUACCAAGGAGAACCUGGUACUGAACAAGGAAAUUAUCCACAAGAAACUACUGAUGAAUCCGAUAAUAAUCAAGAAGAAAAUAAAGCAAAAAAUAAAAAAUGUAAUAAAGUUGGUGAACCUGGACCUGAUGGUUUACCGGGACCUGAUGGUUUUCCAGGAUUACCAGGUGAAAAAGGAAAACCUGGAAAUCCAGGAUCACUUGAUAAUGGAGUUAGACCUGUACGAGAUUGUGCAUCAUGUCCACCAGGUCCAGCUGGUCCACCUGGUGAUGAUGGUCCUCCAGGACCACCUGGUGAUGAUGGAAAAAGUGGUAGUCCUGGUGAAGAUGGAAAACCAGGAGCUCCUGGAGCAGAAGGAAAACCUGGAUCACCAGGACCUGAUGGAAAGCCAGGUGAAGAUGGAAAACCAGGAUCUGUUGGAAAAGAUGGAGUUAAAAAACUUUCAAAACCUGGCGAACAAGGACCACCAGGACCUUCAGGGCCAGAUGGAAAACCAGGUAAAGAUGGUGAACCUGGCAAACCUGGUAAUGAAGGCCCAGUUGGUCCAAUUGGUCCAGCAGGAGAACCAGGAACUAAAGGUGACGAUGGUCAACCGGGAUCUCCAGGACGUCCUGGUGAACCAGGAUCGGAUGGAUCUUAUUGUCGUUGUCCUCCUCGUACUGAUCAACUUCCAAAAGAUAGAGAUAUUCCAAAACCAAAAAGUAAUAAAAAGGACAAAAAAAUAUCUGGUAAUGAAAGUGAAACUUCUACUUCAAAAUCGUCUAUUGUUGAAGUAGAACCUCCAUUAACAACUGUUGAACCUGUAGAUGAAAUAAAUAAUUCUGAAAAUACCUCACCACCAUCAAAAUCUGAUCCACAUAUAGAAAAAACUUCUGACAAUUCAGAUAAUUCUAAUAAUAAUUCAGGAAAUUCACCAAAUGAAGGAUAUGACAGUGGAAGUUCUGUUCCAAAAGAUAGUAAAAAUGCUACAAAUGAAGUUCCAGCUUCAGAAAAAACCAGUGAAGUUACUACAAGUAUAAAAAUUUCUGAAGAAGAAACAAAAAUAAUAAAUAAUAAUGAUAAAACAGAUGAUGAUAAAGAAAGUGAAGAUGUAAAAAAAGCAGAAGAAGUUAAUAUUUCAACUUCUGUAUCACAAAGUUAUCAAACUUCUUCAUCUUCAGCAAUAUUACCUCCUUCAAUUUCACCAGAUGUAAAUACAAAUGAAACUACUACUGAUGAGCAAAUAGAAUCUUCAGGUGAUGAACCAGAACAAGAUGGCACUAACGCAUCAUAUAAAAUAGCUAAUGAAUCAAUAAUUAAUAAUUCUACAGAUGGAUCAGCUUAUUCUGACGAUAAAAACGAAGAAAACAUUGCCAAUAAUAGUUUAAAAAACAAAGAAUCAACUUCUAAUGAUUCUUCAAAACCAAGAACUGACGAAGACAGUUAUUCUGAAUCAAUAGAAAGAAAGAUUUCUAGACUUCAAGAUGGAAUAGUUAAAGUUAACAAGAAAGAAUAG